AUGUUUUCAAGUCUCACAUUGAACGUUUCUGGAAAAAAUGGCAAGUAUGAUGAAGAAAGCAAAAUGAUAACUUCAAUUGUUAGCUUGAAUGGUGAAGAUAAAGAGAUUGUCAUCACAGAACAACUCGUCCAUGAAGUGUUAGAUUUUCCGGAUGAUGAAAAUUCCCCGACGAAGUUUCCAGAGAAAAUGGUUAAGAGAUUAGUUCACGGUCUCAGUCAUAGAAAGGGUGGUUAUGAUGUGAUGAGAGAUUACCAGAUGAACAUGGUGACUGCUUUAGUGUUGAACAAGAAGUACAAUUUUUUGAAACUCAUUGUCCAUUACAUGAAGGAAAACAUUACUUCUGGCAGCAAAACCUGGAUUUAUCCGAGAUUUGUACAAAUGAUGCUUGAUCAUGCUUAUCCGGAUCUAGAGAAAGAUGAAGAUAAUGAUUUGUUGUCAUUAUAUCACAUGGAUAACGAUACGUUGAUCAUAUUGUCUAGGUAUCACAAAAAGUGGCCAGAACCAAAAACGAAGGCAGAAUUCUUUGGAUUCAUAAAGGAUGCUAAUUACAAAGAUCCAGAUCCUGUUAAUCAUCUGAUGUGGAGAAAUGAUAAAGAAAUGAAAGAAAAGAGUGCAGCAGAUGAAUUAGCAAAGUUAGCAGAAUUCAAAAACACAAGAAGUGAGUGGUUCAUGAAAGAGGAAAAAGAAAAGAAGAAAAAAGGAGGUAAGAGAACUCCGAAAGUACAAGCAGAAGAAGGUUCAUCUUCACAACCGAAAAAGAAACGUCAAAAGAAAACAGUUGAAACAAUGUUGGUCGAUGAACCAGAGGAAGAUGAAACAGAAGUUGAUGCUGAAAGAGAACAAGACCCAAUGUCUCCUGAGACUGAACAACUGUUGGAAAAUAUUGAUUAUGGUUUGGAAACUGAGAAAGUAGCUGGUGAGGAAGGUGACAAUGAAGAGAAAAGUUCAUCCAGUUCUGAAGAGGAUGUUGAUGAAACUGAACGUUGGAAAAAGGUAAUUUCUGAUAAAGAAAAACAGAAGAAGAGAAAGAGGGGUGGAGAUGACGAUGAUAACCUAUAUAUUCCAUCACCUGAGCGUGUUCAAGAAGUUCAAACACCACCGUCAUUUGGAGAGAAUAUUCCUCUUGAAGAUAUUGGAGAUAUUAGUUUUGUGAAUGACAAACUUGUGAAGAAGUUACAACAGAAAGUGGAUGAAGUGUUAGUGGAGAAAAAGAAGCUUGAAAAACGUGUCAAGACUGUUGAAGCUGAAAACUCAUCUUUGUUGAAAAGAGAUGAAGCUGAUCAAGCUGAUAUUUAUAUUCUAAAGGUUCGAAUAGCCGAGUUAGAAGAAGAAAAAGCUCGGAGAGAUGAACAAAAUGAGUAUUUCAAGCUGAAGAACAAAGACUUAGAGGUUACCAAUGCAAAGAAAGAGCAUGAAAUGUAUAUGAUGAAUAAAGUAUUGGAGAAUUUGAUUGGGAAGCCUGUUGAACAGAGGUUUGAAGAAAUUGAGCUUAAAGAAGUCAGAGCACGAUGUAAAGAUGAGAUUGAAGCAGAAAUGAAGAACAAGGGUAAAGGUGUUCAAGUUGAAGGUGCUAUUGAAGUAACUGAAAGGGCAAUUGUUCCAUCAAUAGUUUCUGAAUCACCAAUUCAAAAUCCUUGUCCUAUAUCUUCAGUUUCUGAUGAUGUGUAUUCUGCAAGUAGUCAUGAUGAUGAUGAUGGGAAUGAUGACGAUGAUCAAGGUUCUACAGGCAUCAAAGUUACUGAAGCGUGUCACAAUUAUCUUCAUGAUAAUGCUAAUGAAGAACCCGAGAAUGCUGAAAGUGAGGGGGAGCAUGAUGAUACACAGAAUGUUGAUGAAAGCAAUGAUCACGUGUCUAGAUUGAUUCUCCGACUUGAACAUGGUGUAGAAGAAGGAGAAUACUUGCAUAUUUAUAACUUAGCCGAGCCAGAGUACCAGUACAAGUACGUUGAAGAUGCUGAUAUCUAUGACAAAGUUGAAGUGGUAGAUUGUAGCGACGAAGAACAAUCUGAGAAUGUGAAUGUUGAUACUUCCAACUUUCCAACACUUGCUGAAUUCUUCAGUCAAGCUAAUGAAGACGAAUUAUGA